GAGAGGACGCAUGGUGCAUCAUCAUAAAGGACCUUCAGACACAAGUAUACCCAGAAGAGAUAAAGUUGCUCAGUAAGACUACUCAAGUUUCUUCUCAGAGCAAACUGCAUCAGUUAGAUGCCUUUCUGGAUCAAGAUGGACUCCUCAAGGUGGGAGGAAGGUUAAAAAAUGCAUCCCUCCCUUCUUCAGUAAAGCAUCCAGUGAUCAUACCAAAGGAUCAUCCCAUCACCAAGAUGAUAAUUGCACAUUGUCACGAAAAUGUUCGACAUCAAGGAAAAUGUAUGACCAUCAAUGAGGUCAGAUCAAAUGGAUACUGGAUCCCAGGAAUCAAUAGAGCAGUGGCAGCUCACCUGCAUCAAUGUGUUACAUGUCGGAAACUCAGGAGAGUCACAGAAGAACAACGGAUGGCGGAUCUGCCUUCAGAGCGUGUAGACCCAUCACCACCCUUCACAUACUGUGGAAUGGAUUGCUUCGGUCCGUUCCUCACAAAACACGGACGCAAAGUGCAAAAGCGAUACGGCCUCCUUUUCACCUGCCUGUGCUGUCGAGCUAUCCACAUUGAAAUGUUGGACGACAUGUCAACAGAUGCCUUCAUUAACGGACUCCGUUGUUUCAUUGCCAUAAGAGGAGCAGUUCGCCAGUUAAAAUCUGAUCAAGGAUCUAAUUUCGUUGGGGCUAAAAACGAGCUAAAUGAGGCUCUUAAGCAAGUGGAUACAAAUCGUCUGACCACAUUUUUGGCUGACAGGCAGUGUGAUUUCAGCAUGAACGCCCCUCAUUCAAGCCAUGUGGGAGGUGUAUGGGAGAGGCAGAUUAGAACAGUGAAGAAUGUUCUUCGUUCCACUCUCUCGCUCUCACCAGGCAGGCUGGAUGAUUCCUCGCUGCGGACAUUUUUCUAUGAGGCCAUGGCUAUAGUGAACAGUCGUCCUCUGACAGUCGACAAUCUAAGUGAUCCAAAGAGUCCAGAGCCACUAACACCCAAUCACCUGCUCACAAUGAAAUCUAUCACAGCCUUACCACCUCCUGGCAGAUUCAUAAGAGAGGACAUGUAUGCUCGUAAGAGGUGGCGUCACGUUCAAUAUCUCUCAGAGCAAUUCUGGAGUCGCUGGAGAAAGGAGUACCUCUUUAAUAUUGCUACUAGACAGCGCUGGCAUACUCCUAGAAGAAACCUCAAGGUCGGCGAUAUUGUCAUGGAGAAGGCAGAUGAUCUGCCACGGAAUGAGUGGAAGUUGGCCAAAGUUAUAGAAACAGUGACUGAUACAGAUGGACUUGUGAGAAAGGUAAAGAUUCGUGUUGGAGAUCAAAAGAUGGGAAAGGAGGGACAUCGUUCUGGCAAGCCAUCCAUCGUCGAACGUCCUGUGCAGAAGCUGAUCCUGCUUUUAGAGACUGUUUAACCACCCUCUUCACUCCACAGAUAUAUCCUUUACAGUAUGAAGAGUUUUUCAUGGGCAUUAUAAUUGACUAAAGUUUUAAGGGUCAAAGGUCAGAUUGAGUCAUAAAAUUAUUCAUGCUUUGUACCCCAUAUUGUUUUGAAAAGCACUCAUAAUUUGGUGGGAGUGUAAAUGACCUUUAAUAUGCCACAGUGUAUUUUCAUAAUGUUUCGUUUCCAUAGUUAUUUAUUUUAUAAGUAAUCUCCUUGAAAGUUUGACUUGUUUUCUUUAUUUUACCGUCAUUUCCUGUUUUUAGGUUGGUGCUUUUAUUUUGAUACAGUGUGUAACCGGAAAUCAAAAAAAAGACGAAUCUGCAGAUCUGCAGCGUUUGCACGGCACAAACGAGUCAAUUAAAAGUUCAAAAACGCUAAGAAAAUGUCUACUAAUAAUUUCGUUUAGCACCUGGCUGAUAAGGGCACAAGCUCUUACGGUGUGUUCAAGGUGUGUUUUAUUGGAGCAACGUUAACGUUAAUAAACCUAUGAACCAUCAGUUAAGGAGUUCGACCAUCAUUCAGCCG